CUUCACAUGAAGUUCGUUUUUCUGCACGUACAAUAAUAAGAGGAGCACAAAGAUGGCGACCUCCCUGCUUAGGCUAGGACGACUCGGAGCAUUGAAGUGCCUCCAGCAGGAUGGCUGGGGCUCUCUGAGAACCCCACUCACUGCUGCUUUCUGCACUAAAGCUGAGGCACCCAAGAAACCAGCAAAGAAAGCUUCAAGUAAGACCUUAGAGGCCUCUGACGAGAGGGCUGCUCUGCUAGCCUACAAGACCACUGUUGCCUUCCCUACUAGACUUUCCGCUCCAGGAUUUCUCAGUCAAGGUGUUUCACUAGGCGAAUAUGAGCAAAGCAGGGAUCCCGUGACAGACGCUAGUGCAGAAUCUGUCACUACUGCUCAUGCCAAACAAGCUGAAUCGGUCGCUGAUGAUUCUGCCAAAGUUCAAACUGAAAGCUGUGAUGUUGGUGCAGCAGCAGAAGCUCCACCAAAAACAGAAACAGCUACUGAAAAAGAUGCAACAAGUACAACUGGUGCUGAUGUGAAGGCACCGAAAUCUGAAGUCGCAUCAAAAGACGAUGAUGCUACGUCUUCCUCGUCCUCGUCCUCUUCCAGUGAUUCAGAUUCUGACUCGGAUUCUGAUGAUGAAAAACCAGACAAGAAUGAAAUUAUUGAACCAGUGGUCCAGACAGAAGAUAAAAGACAGGAAGAAAUGCCCUCGGCUGUGAGUGAAAAGCCUGCUUCAGACGUGAAGACCGCAGCUGUUCCUGAACGUGUACAACCUUUUGUUCCUGAAGGAGCAAUUAAACGAGCACCUAAAGGAGCACCUAAAGGAGCACCUGAUGUCGCCGAAGCUGUGAGUGAAUCUACAUCUGAACAAGUGCCUUCUUCAAGCACAGCAGCGGCCUCAUCAGAAGAGAUAGUCGACCCCGCUCCUGUCUUAUGCAGAGCUGAGAGCGUUAAAGCUCAAGCAGAGGUUAUACCAGAAAAAAAUGCAGGUGUAGCGGUGAAGUCUUUAGAAGAUUCCGGUGCCAUCCCUGAACCUGUCACUGAAGGAGCCUCUGACGUAGCCGCUGAACCCACACCAAAAGUCGUCCUUGAUUCUACUACCGAAGUGGCACCUGAACCCGAAGUUGAAAUCAAAGCUGCACCAGAGACGAUGGAAGCUGUUCCUGAACGUGUACAACCUUUUGUUCCUGAACGAGCGCCCGAAGGAGCAAUUAAACGAGCACCUGAAGGAGCACCUGAUGUCGCCGAAGCUGUGAGUGAAUCUACAUCUGAACAAGUGCCUUCUUCAAGCACAGCAGCAGCCUCAUCAGAAGAGAUAGUCGACCCCGCUCCUGUAAUUACUGUCGCAGAAGAAGUCCAAGCCGAACCUGAAGUAGCAGCUGCACCAGAGGAAGCUGCUGCAGCCCCAGCACCUGAACCCGAACCCGAGCCAUUCGACAACACCACAUACAAGAACCUGCAACAUCACAGUUACCACACUUACACAUUCGUGGACAUGGAUGUGGAGAUGGCCAAGCACCGUCUGCCCCAGCCCUCUACGGGAAGACCCUCACCCAGGCACUGAUCUCUCCCUCAGGGGGCCUGUGAUCUCCUUCCUGUUCUCCAUAGUGAUUAAUUAAACAUCCUACUCCUUUUGCUUAGUGCUGAUUUGUCUAUCAGAUGGUUGACCACAUUGCAACUUUCUGCUGAAAUGCUUGUAAUUCAAUUAAAGUAUAUUAAUUAAAUAAUUAUUUCAAAAUGA